GACACAAUCUUUGUCUUCCGGUCAUGUGACGCAGGGGUAUACAGAUUAUAAAACAUUGGAGCUCGUUAUUACAUGACUAAAGGUAAUAGUAGAACAUGGUCAGAACCUAAACUGAAUGUAGCGACUAGUGAAUGCCAAUCAAUGGAUUCUACCAGCACCGCAGCUCCUAUGACAGACGACUGCGAGUCAGAAUCUUUUCCUUUAAUGUCCUCUGGCUCAGGUCAAGUUCCUACUUCAGUUGGUGGCCUUCCUGGCGUCCAACCUCCAUGUCCCUCCUGAAGACUGCCGAGUCCAAGAUACUUUCCUGUAUUCGGAAUGAUUUAUGGGCCAGGUUUGUGAAGCUCCCAAAUCAGGACCGCAUAUGGACUCUGACUCUUAGCAACAAGACGGUUAACAAACCAUCAGAACAACCGCCUAAGACUCCCCUGGUGAUGGUUCACGGCUUCGGAGGGGGCGUCGGCUUAUGGAUCCGAAACCUUGACAGCCUGAGCCGCUCGCGGCCCGUCCACGCCUUCGACCUCCUGGGUUUUGGGAGGAGCUCCCGACCUCACUUCCCCUCGGAUGCUGCAAAGGCAGAGGAGCAGUUCGUUGACUCCAUCGAACAAUGGAGGGAGUCUGUGGGGCUGGAGAAGAUGAUAUUACUGGGACACAGUCUUGGAGGGUACCUGGCGACCUCCUAUGCCAUCCAGUAUCCUUCAAGGGUGUCGCAUCUCAUCCUGGUGGACCCGUGGGGCUUCCCGGAGAGACCCAAAGCAGAGAACCAGGAGAGUCAAGGCCCAGAAGCAGUGAAGACCUUUCGCCCGCCACGCUGGGUGAAAGUCAUCGCGUCGAUCGUUUCCUUCUUCAACCCGCUGGCCGUCAUCAGAGCAGCGGGCCCAUGGGGCCCCGGGUUGGUGAACAGAUUCCGGCCCGAUUUCAAGAGGAAGUUUGAAGAUUUGUUUGAUGACGACACGAUGACACAGUACAUCUAUCACUGUAACGCACAGACUCCAAGUGGUGAGGUGGGUUUCCGGGCCAUGUCAGAGUCCCUGGGUUGGGCUAAAAGACCCAUGCUUCAGCGAGUCCACCUGCUGCCCCCCUCCAUGCCUGUCACCAUGCUGUACGGAGCAGUGUCCUGGGUGAGCAGCUCAUCCGGGGACAAAGCGGCAGAGAUAAGGGGCAAGGCUCACACCAGAGUCAUGCUUAUAGAUGAAGCCUCCCACCACGUGUACGCCGACCAGCCAGAGGAAUUCAACAAAGUAGUGGAGAAUAUAUGCAAGUCUGUGGACUGAAGUGUUGGAAAUUACAGAUUGUACUGUAUAUAAACUGUAUUUGCCAGGAGAUAAAGAAUCACGUGGCGUUUGUCCGUGUCAAAACAUAGUAAAACUUUAUUUAUAAUGUAUUUAUCAAUCAGCCAGAUGGCCAUAUGUUCAGAUUUUUCACAUGUGCCUAAUUUUUUUGUUUCUCCUCCAUCUGUCACACUGUGUGUGUUUUAUAACUUUUACAAAAAUAAAAAUGUGAACAUCAAGAGAGA